AUGGCAAGACAACCUGAAAGCCAAAAAGCACAGAAAAAUGCUAAAGCUGGUUUCCAUUAUUUAGAAAUUCUGAAAAGGUCUGCCAAAACAGUUAGCACGGAGAGAGGGCCAGUGUACUGUUAUCUUCAUGUAUGCGUGCCUUUGCGGCCCUUUCCGACGGUGACGGAGGUGAGGUUGAAGGUUGCAGUGAAUUUACUUAUCUCCCAGUCUUCUUCUGACAUAUGUCAUGUGACUGUGGGGGCUACUGGGAGCCUUUAUCAAACCAAACUGGUAAAACUUCAACCCAACUUACCAAAGCAAACACCUUUCAGUCAAAAACAAUCCUGCUUGAUUCAUGCACCAACAUUGCAACCAAUCCUUCUGCCCCACUUCCACCGCUACCUGAACCCGUUUCCUGAGCCUCCCAUACUCUGCAACUCUCUUUUUUCACCUUCCCCAUUCUCAUCUUUCAUGGAUGUGGACAUACUGAAGGCUUCCGCGUGUGAUACCACCAACAUGGACGUGAUGGCAAUGAUGAUGCAAAUGGAAAAGUUCCCCGAAUUCUCCGACGCUUUUUAUACCACCACCCCCCCUUACACAGAAACCGACUUGUUGUCAACUGGAAGCUCCUCAACCAGCGUUUCCACCAUUUUCAACAACCCAACUCCACCGACUCUCGUUGAUCCGCCACCGCCAAAUGUUCUCAAUUUUUCCAAUAACGACAACAAUCUUAUCCAACAACCUAUGACACCCUCCGUCCACGCCCCACAACCCAACACCACUUCCUUCCCCUACCCCUCGGAGAAAAAAAACUCUAUGGCAGCGAUGAGGGAAAUGAUAUUCCGAAUAGCGGUGAUGCAACCGAUUCACAUAGACCCCGAAUCCAUAAAACCACCGAAGCGAAGGAACGUGAAGAUUUCGAAGGAUCCGCAGAGCGUGGCGGCGAGGCACAGACGGGAAAGGAUAAGCGAGAAGAUAAGGAUUCUGCAGAGAUUAGUCCCUGGUGGCACCAAGAUGGACACGGCUUCUAUGCUGGAUGAGGCCAUUCACUAUGUCAAGUUCUUGAAGAAACAGGUGCAGACGCUGGAACAAGCAGGGGCAAAUAGACAACACAGUCACAAUACCGUUGGCGCUGUCGGUUUCCCAAUAGGGAUGUCUAACACCAACAACGUUAACUAUUCUUCUUUGUUGAUGAAGGGUUGCCAACCUUGUCAAGUGUUCGGUUCUACUUCUAAACAAUUGCUCAGCUAA